AUGGCGGAACACUGGCGACAUGUGUGGCAGAGCAGUGAAGUUCUCGGUGACUAUAUCUCUGCACAUCAUUAUCUAUUCGAAGGGUGUACAGUUCUUGAAUUGGGCGCCGGUUGCACUGGAAUACCGGGAUUAGUUGCUGCGAAAUGUGGAGCCAAAUUGGUUAUUUUUACAGAUCAUCCCGAAAGUGAAGAGGCCUUCAAAAUCUUGAAACAAAACUGUGUUGUGAAUAACCUUGACGAGAAUUGUUUCUUAAUAAAGGAUUUAGACUGGAAUGGUUCAGACCUUAAUCAGGUUAUGGAUGAUGUUCUUGUGUUGCAUUACAUUUUAGCAGCAGAUGUUUUCUACGAUAUUACAGUGUUUGAACCGUUUCUGCAUACUGUUGCAUUAUUAUUACAGCUGUAUCCCAAAGCGGCAUGCAUAUUUGCUUAUGAAGAGAGGAACAGCAAUUGGUCGAUCGAGGAUUUGCUUCUACUGAACAAGUUAUGUUGUAGACGUGUGCGCGUUGUUCACACCGAUCUUCAUACAAUUCACAUUGGGAUCAUUUUCAAUAAAACAGGUAAAUUAGUAAAAUAG